UUGAGUCGACUAUAAGAAUGCCGGUCGCUCAUCCUCCACCGUCGAAGUGCGCUUGCUCCGCUCUUGGGAGGCUAAAAACAUCCGCCGUGGUGGAGAACGCAUGUGCGUCGACAUGCUCUUGCUUGACUCUCAGGCGACCAUGAUGCCGGCUACUGUGAACGUUAACCGUCGCGCAGCGCACCAGACUAAUCUUGAAGCGGGUUCGGUCUACUCCCUGACCGGUUUUGAAGUAACAAGUUGUAACCAGGAUUACCGCCUCUCGGACUCUUCUCUACUAAUCCGGUUUAGCGACUCCACCACUUUCGAGAAGAUCACUGAACCGACUGUUCCGAUACCUAUUGAAUCAUUCCGGUUUCGUAACUACAGUGAGAUGCUUGGCCUUGCUAACUCCAACAACCAGCUUCCAGAUCUCAUUGGGGAGAUAACUGCUGUCAAGAGUACGGUCACUGACCCUCCUCUGGACAAGAACCGUGUUAAUGCGACAAUCAAGAUGGACAAUGACACAUCUGUGACUAUGACCCUCUUUGACGCUCAAGCUGUGAAGAUCCAUAACCAGCUCGAGCAGAUGAGUGUAGAUCCAAGGGUUUUCGUUGCAACCAGUGUGAAUCCGAGAAUGGUGGGAGGACGUCUGUUUUUUAACGCCACAGCCGGCACACACAUCCAUUUCGACAAAGAAACAGUUGCAGGGGAAAGUUUGUUUUCCAGCAGAUUGUCUGAACAAGGCACUGGACGUGCGCAAGUAGCACGGCUGCUAAGGAGUUUUGCUAAAGUGGAGACGCUGAGCAUAUCUGAGCUGAACGAUUUUGUCCUCAAUGCUUCGUCUCAGGACAUUGAUUUCAUUUGUACCGGAAAAGUUACUGGAAUCAAGUUGGACAAGGGGUGGUGCUAUAUCUCCUGUGCAAGAUGUUUCAGGAAACUCCACCGGUCAGGCUCAUCGCUCACGUGUCUCUCCUGUAACAACACCGAUGCAGUUGGUAUCCUUCGGUACCGUGUGGAGAUGUCAGUUGCAGACGAGACUGGUGAGGGUUUGUUUGUUGCGUUUGAAGGAGUUGUGGCGAAACUCCAUAACAUGAGGGCCCAUGAAGCUGCCAACCUCUUGCCUGGUGAUGGUGUCAACCCCGAAGAAUCUGAUGUCCCUCAGUUUGUUCUAGACAUGGAGGGGAAUACAUACAUGUUUCAGGUUAAGGUGGGUCCAUACAAUUUCACGGCAAAUAAUCACAGUUUCACCAUCACACGCAUUCUCGGUGAGGGUGACCCUGAGCCACAACCUGCGUUCGUUGAUGAUGGUGGUGCUGAUGACAAUGGCGACGACAACAACGAUGUGUAGAAUCUGCCAAGUUGCAUGCAUGGAAACGCAUAUUCCCUUCUAAAUAAUAAUGAAGUUGUUUUUUCUUUAUAAACCAAGUACGCAUUUCGUUUUUAUACUUUGGUGUUUAUCUUUGUUGCCAUCUGAGUGUUUCCUAUAUACACAAGUAUGCAUUUCGUAUUAACAUAUUUCAUAUUUUCUAUUAUUUGUUACCUUAUACAUCAAACUAUAUUUAUUAUGCAUAGCCAAUAUUCCGUUUCUUCUUUUUUUAACUUAUAGAUUCUGAGCUUAUACAAUAGAAGACAAAUUUUGGUGAUCAAAUAGCUUACUAUAUCUUAUUAUUAAUAAUUGACUAAAUUACCGUCAUGACCACACGACUCAAAUCCCACCAAACCUGCUAUGACAAUGUGAUGUUACUUUUUUCCCCAAAAAAAAAAAAUAUUAACUACUCUCUCUGUUUUUAAAAGAUGCAUAUUCUAACUUUUUCACAUAUAUUAAGAAAACUCAUUAAAUAUGCAUUGUUUUUUGUGAAUAACAAUUUUCCACAAUUUUAAGCCAAUAGAAAUUCAAUAAACACCAUUAAUGUUUUUGAAAUUUACAAUUUUCCAUAAAAUCAUACAUUGAAAAGUAAAAAAUGUAUCUUUUUAAAACAAAUUUUUUUCCAGAAAAUACAUUUUUUAGGAACGGAGGGAGUACAAUAUAAGCCAACUACAAAUAAUAGAGAUUGCAUACAGACAAUAUAAGCCAACUACAAUAUAUAUUCGUUUAACGCAACACAGCACUUUUGACUACCCAAAAUUGUCAUUGUACCAAGUAACAAUACCAGCAUAAUUAAUUAGCCUUUGACCGAAUGUUCAACAUUGCAAAAAAUGGUUUCGUCAAACGCAUUAAAUUUUUGUUACCUGUUAUGUCAUUGUAACUGUAUCAUUCAUCUAAACCAAAGUCUCCAAUGUAACAACAAUUACACGAAACUGCCUCAUUAAAACCCCAUUUACAAACACUCUAUAUAAACAUCCAACCAGUGGAAACAUACAUAUAAAACCUGUUAUUUCAAAAAACAGCAGGUGGAAAAAAACACUAUAAAUGGUAUCUGACAUUUCAGAACACAAUUAUGACUCGGACGAGAGCAUUGGUAGUUCUGAAGAAAACUCCUAUAACAUACCCCCAACCAUCUUUUUCAAGAAUCAAAACCUCAGUUACUUUGUAGCAGAACCACUCCGUAUGCUAUACAACUUCAAUGAUUUGAAGAAUGAAUGUUUGGUUGCUGGUAAUCCAAGGGCUCACUACAUAGAGGGGUUGCUUCAAUAUUUUCAGUGCCGUAAAUCUAUCAAAGGACUUGACCAUCUCCGUCAAUCCGCAGAUGGAAACUAUGAUAACGGUACCUAUAUUUAUGGUAUUUUAAUGUUGUGCAGGGGCAACUUCGCUGAUGGACAAUAUUACCUCGAUAUGUUAUCUUGGAAAACUAAUCAAGACAGAACUACCCGAUGCUUGACAAUGCUUAAGCAAUCCCUUAAAGCAAUCAGGGUCAGUGUGAAGGCAAAAUAUGUAGCAAAUACAGACACAAUGGAACCCUUAGCAGAUUGCAACACUCAUGCGAUGGAUAGCGCAUGCGAGGAUUGUUAUUACUUUAAGAAGAUGAAAGAAUUUGUUGACUACAUUCGCAACAAAAAACAGUAGACAACACAGAUUGGUUUUUAUGUUAUUCAAUACGAUUUAUUUUACAGAUGUUUUGUAUUAUGCUUAUGCCUAAUAAUAUGAAUUUGACAGCCUCCUACACGAGCCCAUAAUGGAAAUUCGGAAAAACAAAUAAUUACUAAAUCUACUAAGAUAAAUUAAAUAUUGUUCUAAUUAAAAUAAAUUAGAAACAAAUAAAGUAUUAAAUACGUUAGUAUUAAAUCAAAUUUGUGGAAGAGAGAUAAGCGUCUAUUUUGAACAUAAACCAAAAAAUUCAAAGAAAGCAAACCAUAAGGCAAAAUUAGUAAAAUACAAAUAACAAUACUAUUCAUUUAGCCACAUUGGACCAUAUUGCUGGAAUAUCAUAGUCGCCCUACUAUCGACACUCAAUCUCAAGACGUAUCCAUAAUCCAUUAACGUUACAAUCAAAAAUAACAAGGACCUAAACUAUAGUACUCUUAAUAAUUAUUAUAUAAAAACCCUCAAUAUAAUUGUAUGAUGUUUACUUCCAAUACAAUUGAUAUGUAAUUCACUUAGUAAAAAAACCAUGCAAAAAAAUCCAAAUAACAUGAACUAUAUAUUUCCUUUUAACUGCCUCUUUACAGAUACAAUGACAAAAUCAAAACUACAAAUCAUCAAAAACCUUUGAUUAUAAAAAACAUAAAAAAAAAAACCUUCGAAUAUACUCACCAAACCAAAC